UAUCCAAAUCGUAAAAAUCCCCAAACUCUACUUUCUAACUCCGAUUGCCGAGUUCUUCGAGAAUCCUCUAUCAAACACACAUACGCGCAGAGAGAGAGAGAGAGAGAGAGGGAGAGAGAUGGCAGGAAGAGAGGUCCGCGAAUACACCAAUCUCACCGACCCUAAAGACAAGAAAUGGGGGAAAGGGAAGGAGAAGAUAGAUGAUGAAGACAUCACUUUCCAACGCAUGGUCGCAAAGAUGCAAGAGGUUGCUGGAGAGCGUGGAGGCUACCUUCACGGGCGAGGCGCCCUGGACAGUGAUGAUCUACUCUAUCUCAAGGAGCAGAUGGAAGCUGAGGAGGAUGCAGAACGCCUGCUUCGUCGCACUGAGAAACGAGCAUUUGCUGCAUUUAAGAAAGCUGCAAGUUUAGCUGAUUCUUCACCUGCAUCAGUCCCCUUGCCACUUCGAGUUGAGCCCAAGCCCAAGAGUGGAAUCAGACAGCAAGUUCUAUUGAAGAAAGUAGUGGAAAUUAAACCCAAAAGGCAGAGAUCUUCUGAUCCAUCUGAUGGGAAUCGGUCUACUCCAGCUUCAAAUAAGUUUGAGUCUCACCUGAAGAAGGAAAAUGAGCAGCCUGAGGCUGACCAGGAGGAGAAAGAGCAGCCUUUGUCAAGAUCGAAUAAAGCAGAUGAAGAUACUAACAUGGAAAAUCCUGUUAAAAGUUUGCUAGGAUUGGCAUACGCAAGUUCGGAUGAUGAUGAAGACUGAAGAAUGAAUUGGUAUCUGUUGGUGCAACACUUCUGACCAGGAUCAGUUGUCAUUGAAGCAAACUUAGGAUUAAUAUUAUACUGUACAACCAGAGUAGGAUUUUCGAUUUUAGGUACUAUAUUUAGCCUUCAAGUUGUGGUGCCAUUGUUGCAUUUGAUAUAUCCUCUACUCUUUGACUCAGCAGCUAGAUCCUGAACUGCAUCGUACAGCUCCUGAUGAUUUUUGUCAAUGACCUCACAGAUCUGGCGUCUGCAACCUGGAAAUCUUGUUUGACACGUAUAGUGUGGCUUGCCCCUCUGGCAACUGUUUUGACUGAAAGAAGCUCCAUUUUUGAAAAAACAUCCUCACAGAAUAAUUUCCAGGAGCUUGUUUUUUCUGUAGCUGCUCUUUCCCCCAUCUCUGGCCCUUUUUUAAGCUUAAUUUUUCCUUUAUAUUUCUUGUUUGUAAAUAUGCAAGAUAAUUUGGAUUUUCUGUGGUCCUAUGUUUCCUUUUACCUUUCCGGGCAUGUUUGUGGUCCUUUUUGGCUUUAAUAUAUUUGUGAGCACAAGCAUUAUUGUUAUCAAAUGACAAUGACAGCGUACAUGUUGGAUCCUUAU